AUGUCUCUACCGAACGAUAGAGAGACAAAGAUAUAUGUGGCAGGCUUGCCUUGGAUCACAAAAACUGAAGGUCUUCGGAAUUACUUUGAACAAUUUGGAGAAAUUGUGUAUGCUAAUGUUGUUUGUGAUAGAGCAACUAAACGAUCAAAGGGCUUCGGAGAAGCAGAAUCUACAGAGAGAGCUUGCGAGGAUCCAAAUCCGACUAUAGACGGACGAAAGGCCAGUUGCAAAGUUGCUUAUCUUGGUGCUAGGGUUCAUAAUAACCAAUCAAACCGAAACGGUUUAGUCUCAAUGUUCUCCAAUUCUAUUAGUUAUCCGAAGUGA